AUGCAGGGGCUGGUGGUGGUGAUGGUGGCGGCGGUGGGCGUGGCCGCUCAGGAAACCACCAACGUCAACAAUUUCUUCAAGAUUCCGUCGCCAUGGGGAUGGGCGUGCGAGGGCGGCGGGCGCUGCGUCAAGUACGAGGCAGCGGGCCGGCCAAUCCUGACCACCCUCAACCAGUGCAAGCUGACGUGCGGGCCCGCGGGGGCGCUCCUGCCCCUGCCCUCCGCCGCCACCAUCGGGGACUCUGUGUCUCUGUUCCUGCCGCAGAGCGUGUCCCUCAAGCCCAUGUGUCUGCCGGAGGUGUGCCCGGUGCUGCAGGAGGCCUUCGAGGUGUUCCUGGACAGCCUGCAGCGGUACCAUCCUGAAUACGCCGAGGGUGCCGCGCCGUGGACGGGGCCCUGGGACGCCGCCACGCAGGCCCAUAAGCUUGUGGUGGAGGUCGCGGUGCGGGGCCCCGAGACCCACCUCACCCUCGACACGGACGAGUCCUACGACCUGACGGUGGCCGGCGGCACCACCACCGCCAGCGUGACCGCCAACACUUUCUUCGGGGCGCGCCACGGUCUGGAGACGCUGAGUCAGCUGGUGGAGUACCAUGAGACUGAUGACGCCCUCAUGGUGGUGACGACGGCGGCGGUGACGGACGCGCCGGCGUUCCCGUACCGCGGGCUGCUGGUGGACACGUCGCGUAACUUCGUGACGGAGGCGGCGCUGCGACGCACGCUGGACGCCAUGGCCGCCAGCAAGCUCAACACGCUCCACUGGCACAUCACCGACUCCCACUCCUUCCCGCUGGCCCUGGACACGCUGCCCAACAUGGCCUACUACGGCGCCUACUCCCCCAGACAGGUGUACACGCCCGCCCAGGUGCGCCGCCUCGUCCAGUACGCGCGCGUGCGCGGCGUGCGCCUGUUGCCCGAGUUGGACGCGCCCGCGCACGUCGGCAAUGGCUGGCAGUGGGCCGAGAAGGAGGAGGGGCUGGGUAGGCUGGCCGUGUGCGUCAACCAGGAGCCCUGGCAGGAGUUCUGCGUGGAGCCUCCGUGUGGCCAGCUUAACCUUGCUAACCCCGCCAUAUAUGACGUGUUGGGGCACAUAUACCGCGAACUGAUCGACAUCUUCGCCCCCGUUGACAUCUUUCAUUAUGGCGGCGAUGAAGUCAACCUCAAAUGCUGGAACACAACGGAGGAGAUCGUGACAUGGAUGACAGCCAACGGACACGGUCUUGAUGCUGAUGCUUACUACAGGCAGUGGGGGGUGUUCCAGGAGAAGGCGCGGCAGCUGCUGCAGGCGGCUGCUGGGGCUGGACAAGGACACAGGAAGGAGGUGGAGGGCGUCUUGUGGACCUCAGAACUCACAAAUCCAGCUCGUCUCAACACCUUCCUCAACUCCUCCCAGUACAUCAUCCAAAUCUGGAGUACCCGACAGGACCCAGUCAUCAAGGAGGCCUUGACUAGGGGGUACAGGGUUAUCUUCAGUAACCACGACGCCUGGUACUUGGACUGUGGCGCCGGGGCGUGGGUGGGUGAGGGAAACAACUGGUGCAGUCCGUACAAGGGAUGGCAAACAAUGUACGACAAUAGCCCGCAUGAUAUCGCCCUGACCCUUACUGGCUCCUCGCACCCCGGCCAGAUUCUCGGUGGUGAAAGUGCAAUGUGGACCGAACAAGCGGACACUUCCACUAUUGACUCUAAGGUGUGGCCCCGCGCGGCGGCUGUGGCAGAGCGGCUGUGGACCAACCCGGCCACUGGCUGGCGUGAUGCGGAGACUCGCUUCAUCCACCACCGGCAGCGGCUGGUGCGGCGCGGCGUGCAGGCGGAACGGAUACAGCCUCAGUGGUGCCACCAGAACGAGGGGCUCUGCUAUCUAUAGUGCCACUCAUGACAGCCAGGAGUGCCUUUCCUUCUCACAGUGCCCUUGUAACACUUCUUUCCUCCGAAGUCUGAGGUAUAAUGAUGGGUAAGAAGAAAAGCGACAGGGAAGAGAGGAAAACCUGAGGGAAGAGGAUAAGAAAGAAACAAGUCGAAAGGAAAAGAAGUGAAGAAGCGAUAAUGAUUUUAGAGAGAAUGUUUAUCAUCAUUAUGUGGAGUCUACACUCUAUUAUGUAAAUACAUCCUCCCUCUCUCUCUCUCUCUCACACACACACAUACAUUGGUACUGCCUUUCCACCUCCUCCUUUGUUUCUGUUUAUAUAUUUUCUCCUCCCUCACCUUCCUCUUUUUAUUUUGUUGUGAUACUUUUUUUUUUCUCUUAUCAUCCUUUUUUCUCAUGUUUGCUUGUCUGUACCUCAUCUUCACUCAUACCAAUUACAUAGUAUUAUCUCUACUCUUUCUGUUAAUCUUUUUUUUCUUGUUAUUUUACGCCUUACUUGUUUUCUUUAUGUUCCUUCUCAAUAAUACUCAUAUAAUCUUUUUUUUUAUCUCUUCCUUUGUCUCAUUCUUCACUUCACCUUCAAUUUUUUCCUCUCACCUGUACGAGUUCAUGAUAGGUAACCUGAAAGAGAAAGUUACCUGGAAUGUUGCUCUCUCUCUCUCUCUCUCUUUCGGUUGCUUUCAUUUUACCUGUGUGUGUGUGCCAGCCGUUCCCCUACGGAAGGUGAACAGGGGCUACACGCGAAAGAAGAUAAACCCAACUUAUCUUUACCCGGCCGGGGAAUGGAACCCCAGUCCUUCUGGUUGUGAGACAGACGUUCUAUCCACUGAGCUACCGGGUCGUGCGUGUGUGUGUGUGUGUGUGUGCAAACUCCAAAUUA